GUCCAGUCCAACUUGGCGUCUCAUUGCGUUCAAUCCAUCAUCAAGCUCAAUCAAGACAUCGACCUCUGCUCGAGAUACAGCGGAAACGAUGACUUAGCACCACUCGCUUGUCAACUCCAAUCCCGGCAUCUUGACCUCCCGACGUGUGCAAGAGUUCUUGAGGACUUGAAAAGACCCGCCCUUGGCUGCAGCAACCUAUCUUAGCCCCCUCAUGUCCAUGUGCGCCUUCGGGGCACUUCUUUAGCAUGGGCAGGCUCGGGCCCUUGACUUCCCAGGCAUUGGGCCGCUCACCCUACGAUGACGUCGUAGAGGGUACGGGUCAAGAUGAUCCUCAUGAGCCCGAACGGCAAUAUGAUGAGAAAGGUCGUGUCAUAAACCCAGAGACUAGGCAGAGGACCAAGAACGUCAUCCGUGCUCACAAUGAAGUAAUGGAAGUCAUUGGUGUGGCGGAGCCAGAGAACUCAAGCGAUUCGCUCGAACUUGUCAUGGCCAGGGACCAUCAAGCAUACGAGUCGGGAGCCGGCAGAAACUUGCUCAAUAUUGGACGGACGCUUGGUGUCCUCGGCAUAUGGGGUGUCCAUGGCGUGCGGCAAAGAAUCAUGCUCUACAGGCCAUACUCCAAUGUAGAGUUCAAGCGUCUAUGGGAAUACGAACGCGAGCGACGUUCCCUGAACCAGUUGAUGCUUGUUGGACUACCAUCCUUUGUGGUCAUGCAUGUCAUUCACUGGACGCGCUUGUCAGUCGACUGGGUACUCGACAAGCCAUUGUUGAGAGUCGCUCUCGGAUGGUGCCAAUUCCAUCUCCACUUGUUUCUGACUAUGCAGAGACUUGGGUUGAUACCAAGCUCGAAGUGGCUUCCCGGGCCCAAGUUCUUCAUUCCCUUCACCGAGAAAUCUCCCCUACCCGCCCCGCCACCCAUUGACAAGUUGAGUGCCGCGUCCAUUGGAGGCUGGAUCAGCCAUCUUGCUGUCAACAUGGCUCCGUAUGCCGCAUUCUUCCUUUGCGGUCGCAUUUGGAAUUAUGUUCACAUCAACCUGUGGCCACACGUACACGCACAGCUGCCAAAGCCUUCUAAGAAUGAGCACUAUGUGCUAAGACCGUUGCCGAUCGAGCCAAGACGGACAAUAGAAGAGGAUGAAUGGCACACCGUCCCUGAAUCCCCCACCCUUGGAGAUGCCGACCACGAGAUACGACACGGUAGGAGCCCAGAGCGAGACGUCCCUACUCUGCAAGCUCUGGAAGGCCAGGGGGCAAACACCGAUAAUGGAAUCCCGUUCGGCGCCAUCAGGAGACAAAGCACGUUUUCUAGCCGAGGUGGUGAUCAAGACUACGGCACCGACGAAGAAGAUGCCGAUAUGGUCAAUCCGACACUCAUCAGCUUCGACGUUGACACAAGCGAAUCUAAUGAGCAGCCAGCGGGCGUCUGGUCCGCAGAGCUGCGUCCUAGCUUUGCGGGAGAAGGACGGCAGCCGCCUCCGGACCAGCCAGUGUAUAUGGUUAACCCGCUCACUAAUUUGCCGGCUGUACUUGCCACAGAUAUCUUGACCAACUUCGUCACGUACAUCCUAUGUGCGCCCUUUGAUACCCUUGCCACCCGGGCGACGGCUCGGGCAUUCGCUCGCAGACGCGGCCUCCCCACAGCCAACAUGUACCAGAUGAGUCUCCUGGACGGCUUGUGUUGGCGGAACUUCGGAAACAUAUUCGGCAUCGAGAUAAUAAGGUUGUUGAUUUCAGGCGAGCUCUGGGCGCUGACGAGCAUCGUGUCGCAGUGGCUUCACGUCUCCGAGGAUGAGUGGAAGGAGUUCCAUAAAGAGGAACAAGAACAGAAGGAAAGAGACGAGGCGCUUGCUCGUCUGGAGCAGGCUGUGGACAUGUUGGAGGGAGAGGUUGCGGCCGAGCAUGCUGCCGCCGAAGCCCACCUACAAACUCCGGACCAAUGAAAGAAAAGCUGGGGUUGUACCCGUAACGUGCUUUGUAUUAUAAACUUGAGCUCGAUGCCAAUGGGGCUAGAACAUAACCUGCUCAUGUCUAUUAAUUUGACCAGCAAUCAGUAUUGGACUUUGGAAA